CUCCUACCGCCGAGGCGCGGGGAGAGAAGUGUCGUGUGCGCGGGGCUGUGGCCGGGACGUCCCCGUUUGCUGCCCGCGUGGUGCAAAAGCGCAACAGAGAAUUACAGAACAGUUGAUGAGUCACGAACACAAAUGAUCAAUUUCCAGAUGUUUUCUUUUAAUUUUCUGUAAGCGUAACCUAGUGUGUGAUGGAGGUUCUUUAUAUUAUGGAAACAAGACUUGUUUCAACAGUAAAAAUGUGUGCAUGCAAUCAGUUUCAUUCAACAGCUGAAAAACACACAUUCAUUUCAAGUGCACAGUGACUAUGCCGUGUUCCGUUUGUACUGCACAUUGCUGAGCCUUCUGAGCCCAGCAGGACCCUCCUGGCCAUGACAGGAGGCCUGGCACGACCUGAGAGGUUGAUGAAGUCAAUGGGGAAAAGUCACGAUCUUGCAUACACUGUGAAGCUGUGAUGAUAAAGGAAAUGAAGAAGACCCUGCCAGGGUCAGUUGACUUCUCUCAGCACGGAGUACUGUGUCCAGUGCCCCUAAAUGGACACACACUGCCCGGCACUGAGCUGACCUCAAGAAUACUUGCUGAAUUAACAAAUGCCUCCAUUCUGCAGACCAUGUUUCUCAUAUCUGUCUUUUGGAGAAAUCAGAGAUGUGAAAAAGAAAUUCCAUGAGGUGGACCCACCUCAAGUCCACUGGGUUCUCCUGUGUCCUCCACGUGCCUCCACUGCCACUCAGCUCCCCUGCAAGGGGAUUUUAUGAAUAUGGUUCCUAUUUCCUCCUUAUUUACAUCCCACCUCCUUAAUCCCAUCAAAUGUUGACUUAUUUCUGGAAUAAGUGAGAUUUUAUUAAGGAUGGGGGCUUCGCUAAUAGCUCAGCUAGUAAAGAAUCUGCCUGCAACACAGGAGACACAGGAGACGGAGGCUCGAUCCCUGGGUCAGGAAGAUCCCCUGGAGGAGGGCAUGGCAACCUGCUCCAGUAUUCUUGCCUGGAGAAUCCCAUGGACAGAGGAGCCUGGCGGGUGGCAGUCCAUGGGUUCGCAACGAGUCGGACACAAACGCUUGACGUCCAGUGAGUGUUUACAAUCAGAGCAUCUCUCAGACGAGCCCGUUUCAGGGGCUCAGUAGCCAUGUGGGACUGGAGCUACCUUAAUAGACAGCGAAAUCAAGACCCUUUCACCAGUUGAGUGAAGAAUCUCAUGAUGACCAUGGCCUUCGUGUAACCAGCAUCACAUAUCUCAGGACCAGGACCAGUCCAGAAAUCUUCUUUCCAGCAGUAAUGGCCCAUAACACAUGUACAACUGGAGGUCCAAUGAGAGGCUCAAGGACGGGGCUCCAUGGGUGACUUAGAACAAAUGACUAAGUCCUUCCAGAGUCAUGUGGAUACAAGGGAGACUUGAGGAUUCUGAGGAGGGAAACUCUGGCUUCAAAGGGGGGCGUUUUCCAGAUUAAAAGACCUGAGACCAUAAAUAGAAUGGGCUGUGGAACUUAAACUCAGGGGAAAGCCCAGCCUCCAGAUCACAUGCUGAUGAUCAGUGAGAACACACUUUGGAACAGUUCAGAAAAGUGAGACCAUGAAGGAAAAUGCCCAACAGGAAACAGUGAAGGGAGCCCUGGUGCACUGUGAGUGUCCCUCCCCGUUAUGACUUUCACUCUAAACUUGGGUUCUCCCACAGGGAACACAGAAAACUCUCCCUCCCCUCUGCUCAGCUGCCCUUGUGGACCUUCUCAAUAAUGUCCAGGAGUUGUCACAGGUCCCCAGACGUGGGUGAGGGUGAUGAGCACUGGGGGUAAGAUCUGCUCCUCCCUGGAGACGCCCCAGACUCUCCAUGCAGACAGUGUCACCUCCACUCCAGAUGACAUGAUAAUGGCUCCUCUGUGGGGAGAUCGGGCCCAGGGACCCUGUCCCUAUAACUGGCGCCCGUCCUGACUGACACUUCCCUGCACAGAGUGUGGAGCCAAGUGCAGGCAGGUUGAGCCCCUCCCGUGGAGCAUGACCGUGUCUCCCUUCUCAGAAGAGCAGAAAGCAGGAAUUCUUUCCCAGUGUUGGUUCUGUGAGAAGACUGCAUAUGUCGACACCCACACAGCCCUCUUUCCGCUCCAGGCCACUCUGACGUCCUCUCCAUGUCUUCUCACAAAGAUGCCCUGAGAAAUGCAGGGGAGGCGGCUGUGAAAGCCAUCUUUCUCUUCCAGGUGGUGGCUGGGGCUCUGGGCAAUGCCCUCCUUUUCUCCUGCAGCAUCUCUCCAGUCUUGCUUGGCCACAAGCAGAGACCUGCAGACACGAUUCUCACCCACGUGGCCCUGUCCAAUCUUUUGUUUCUUCUGUCCUCUGGAAUUCCCCAUAAAAUGACAGGUUUUCUUUUGAGAAACCCCCUGUCCAGCCUUGGCUGUAAAUUACUGUAUUACAUCCAGAGGGUGACUCUUAGCACCGCCCUGUGCUCCACCUCCAUCCUGAGCACCUAUCAGGCCUUCACUCUCAUCCCCAGGAGAGCAGAGUGGAUGAUGCCCAGAGGAAGGGUCAUUGGUCCUUCCUGCUGCACCUGCUGGAUGCUUAACCUCUUAACAUACAUCUCUGUUCUUUUGAAAAUCACUGGUCCUCAGGAUAUACACAACUAUUCUGAUACUCGGAGCAAGUGGUUCUGUUCCGCCUCAGCUCCUAAUGCAGGCUUUGUCUACCUGUGGUCCAUCUCUGAUACCGUGUUUCUUACCCUCAUGGUCUGGUCCAGUGGCUCCAUGGUGCUUCUCCUGCUCAGACACCACCAGAGGGUUCAGUAUAUUCACACCAGCACUGGACACCACAGAUGCCCCCCAGAGACCAGAGCCACCCGCACCAUCCUGAUGCUGGUGGUCACCUUUGUCGUCGUUUACAUACUGAAUUUCACUUUUUGUUUUUAUAUCACUGUUGUUUUAGAGUUUCGUCUGUGGUUGAUACAGACUUCUGAUGUCUUGGCCUCAUGUUUUCCCACUGUUUCCCCUUUUCUGCUGCUCCUGAGGGAUCCUAGAAUGCCUAGGAUCUGCUCUGGAGUCGGUAGAAAUAAUGCUUAAUGUGAUAAAUAUCUAGUAGAUGCCAUCAAUAAUAACUAAUUCUCUUCUUUAAGUAUUGGGUGACUAUUUUUAUUAAAGUAUAAUAAUUGUGACAUUAUAUCACUUCAGGACUUACAACAUUAUGAUUGAAUAUUUGUA